UUGUCCUCUUCCUUACUGUCCCCUUCUUCUACCAGACAUACCCUGCCCUUUCCUUUCUGUCGCCCUGUCUGUGGAUUCUGUUGUAGAGGAUUGGGACACUGACAAUGGGAGGCUUUCUCUCCGGCCUGCAAUGCUGACACUCCAGUCCCUCCUGCUGGGAAUUCAUGUUAACUGGUUCCUGUACCCCCUUUGAAUGUCUGUCACUAUGGCUAAGCGUGAGACUGGCAGCACCAGCCCCGUGGUCAGGCAGAUAGACAAGCAGUUCCUGGUUUGCAGCAUCUGUUUGGAUCAUUAUCACAACCCCAAGGUUCUUCCUUGUCUGCACACCUUCUGUGAAAAAUGUCUGCAGAAUUACAUCCCUCCCCAGUCUUUGACGCUGUCCUGUCCAGUAUGCAGACAGACUUCUAUCUUGCCAGAGAAGGGUGUGGCAGCCCUGCAGAACAACUUCUUCAUCACAAACCUAAUGGAGGUGUUACAGCGAGAUCCAGAGUGCAGCCGACCUGAGGCGUGCAACGUUCUUGAGUCAGCCAAUGCAGCUACAACUUGUCAGCCCCUUUCUUGCCCCAACCAUGAGGGCAAGGUGAUGGAGUUUUACUGCGAGUCAUGUGAAACCGCCAUGUGUCUGGAGUGCACAGAGGGAGAGCACAGGGAACAUGUGACAGUUCCUUUGAGGGAUGUGCUGGAGCAGCAUAAGUCAGCUCUGAAAAAUCAGCUGGAUGCUGUGCGCAACAGACUACCUCAGCUGACAGCUGCCAUUGAGCUGGUGAAUGAGAUAUCCAAGCAGCUUACAGACAGGAAAAAUGAGGCAGUGACUGAAAUCAGUAGUACUUUUGAUGAGCUUGAGAAGGCCUUACACCAGCGCAAGACUGCUCUCAUUACUGAGGUGGAAAACAUCUGCAGCACCAAGCAGAAGGUUCUUCAAGCCCAGCUCACCUCUUUGCUUCAGGGCAAAGAGAACAUUCAGAGCAGCUGUAACUUCACAGAGCAUGCCCUGAGCCAUGGCAGUGCCACAGAGGUCCUGCUGGUCCAGAAACAAAUGGGUGAGCGAGUCAGUGCUCUGGCGCGACACAGCUUUCCUGAAUAUCCUCAUGAAAAUGGACAUCUGGAAUGCCAGGUAGAGACAGACGGACUGAGGCGCUCCAUCCAGAAUCUGGGAGUCCUGAUCACAACGGGGGCUGUUGGCCAUACCAGUGUUGCUACUGGUGAAGGCCUGCGACAUGCAUUGGUCAGCCAGCACACCACCAUCACCGUGACCACUAAAGACAAGGAUGGAGAAUUAGUGAAGACUGGUAAUGCUGCUCUCAGGGCAGAGAUUGUCUCUGCAGAUGGAGUGUGCACUGAAGCUGAGGUGGUGGAUAACAAGAACGGCACCUACGAGGUCGGAUAUACCCUCCGCUCUGAGGGAGAAUUCACCUUCUCUCUGCUGCUGUAUGAACAGCCUGUGAGGGGGAGUCCGUUCCGUUUGCGCGCCGUCAAACCUUCAGACGUCCUGCAGUCGCCAGACGACGUGAAGAGACGAGUGAAGUCCCCAAGUGGAGGAGGAGGUCAUGUUCGACAGAAGGCUGUGCGCAGGCCCUCCAGCAUGUACAGCACCACCAAGAAAAAGGAAAACCCAAUAGAGGACGAGCUGAUCUACAGAGUUGGAACAAGAGGACGAGAUAAAGGAGAAUUCACUAACCUUCAAGGCAUCUCAACCUCCAGUAAUGGGCGGAUUGUGGUGGCAGACAGCAACAACCAGUGCAUACAGGUGUUCUCUAAUGACGGACAGUUUAAGAUGAGGUUUGGGGUAAGGGGUCGGUCACCAGGGCAGCUACAGCGCCCCACAGGGGUCACAGUGGACAUGAACGGUGACAUCAUUGUAGCUGACUACGACAAUAGAUGGAUUAGCAUCUUCUCCUCAGAUGGCAAGUUCAAGAAUAAAAUUGGGGCAGGAAGACUGAUGGGACCCAAAGGUGUGGCUGUGGAUAAGAACGGACAUAUAAUCACAGUUGAUAAUAAGGCCUGCUGUGUCUUCAUCUUCCAAUCAAAUGGGAAGCUGGUGACCAAGUUUGGAGCCAGAGGAACAUCAGACAGACACUUUGCAGAGAAAAGUGGUGCAAACAUUGCACUGGAAACAAAGCUUAGUAAAUCUGGCCCUGUUUUCAGUCCUCACUUUGUGGCUGUAAAUAACAAAAAUGAGAUUGUGGUAACAGACUUCCAUAACCAUUCAGUCAAGGUGUACAAUGCAGACGGGGAGUUCCUGUUUAAAUUUGGCUCCCAUGGAGAAGGGAAUGGCCAGUUCAAUGCUCCAACAGGUGUGGCUGUGGACUCCAAUGGAAAUAUCAUUGUUGCUGAUUGGGGCAACAGUCGGAUCCAGGUGUUCGACAGCUCAGGGUCCUUCCUGUCCUACAUCAACACUACAGCUGACCCGCUCUAUGGCCCCCAGGGCUUGGCCCUCACAUCUGAUGGUCAUGUGGCAGUGGCAGACUCUGGGAACCACUGCUUUAAGGUCUAUCGCUACCUGCAGUAGAGACCCCGAGACAGACUGGAUCACCAACACAAGCACUGACGACACAACCAAUGUAUUCCACAGGGUGCAAUGAUAUUUCCAGUACAGCCUUUUGAUGUGCACAUCAACUGAUUUCCAGGAUAUUAAUCAAAUGUCACCUCACUUUACCUUUAUGAUGUGUAUUGAAGGUUGAAUUUGAUGAUGAGAGAUGUAGCGUCUUUGGGACAAGUAAUGACAUAAAGCUUAUGGACCGGUUUUGGAGAACGUGCAAAAACAUUUUUGUGUAAUAUACGCUGUUGACGGUAUUAUCAAACCACACUUUCUGCGAGACCAGACAGAGUAGAAGAUAGAUUGAAGUAUUUAAUCAGCCAUAACUUGUCCAGAUGCAUGAAGUUUUCUUUUAUCUCAUUGCCUGUAGGCAACAACACAGUGUAACCAUCAGUUGCUUUUCUCAUGAACUAGUUAAUGCUUACAGUGAAAUGAACAGCGCUAUGCUUCUCCAGCAAUGAAAUGUAAAAUUUCCUUAUUUACUAACAUCUCACAUAAAAUGUCACCACCAUCUGUGCAUUGAUUUGCUGUAUGUACUGUAUAUACAUAAAUGUAUAUUGUGUAUAUUAGAUCACUCCGUAUGUAUGUGCUACGAUUUUGAAACACAGCCUUUUGGCUCUUCAGAGUGCAGCAGUCAAGGAUUUCAAGAUUUCACACGUGUGUAUGGCAGCUGUAAAAGAGUGCUUUUAAAACACAUCCAGCACAUGCUUCAAAGAAGAAGAGUGUCAUAUUUAUUGCUAAUGUAAGCAGCACAAUAUUCAUUUUUGUUAAUAUCUGUUCUUUUAAGGGGAAAAAUGAUGAAAAAUGCUAAUUUAUUUUAUUUUAUACUUGCUCAGCAUUUACAAAUUAUUUUUCUAAAUUGAUGUGCUUUUUUUUCCCUUCUAUGGAACUUCACACUUUCUCCCUUUUCCUUUAUAGAAACUUCCCCUUAAAGCAGAAUUCAGUAUCCACCCACAUCUGGAAAAUGUAGAUCAGUGUUUGUGCACAUGGGCAGCUCUCUUUCAAAGCUAUAACCCCAUCUAGGUUUUCAGUUUAGAUACUAACAAAAAAUAAAAUAAAAUAUAGUUUUUAAAGUUUCUUUGUUCAGAAUAAUGUCAGAUAUGAUAUAUGGAUUGGAUUCAUGACAGGAUUGUUUUGUCUUUAACAAUUAAAUAGCUUAAUUCAUCAAAGUGCUACCACCUGACCAGAAAUAAUAUGCAUAUCUCAGGAAAUCCAUCCAAAUUUGAUCGCAAAGUCAGUAGAAAAGAAAAUUAACUCUUUUUAUUUUGUGUUAUCACAGGAAGAAGCUUUGUGAGAAAAUCUAUCCAUUUGUGCAAGUGUAGUCUUGAUUUAGGAUUACAGAAAUGGCUGGGAUGGAAUAUGAAUUCUGUUUGCAGUCUUUGUUAAUUUGUGGCUUUCACAUAAGAAACCGUUACAAAUAUAUUACUGUAAAUGACCAUUUAAUAUAUGACAUUGGCUAUUCAACACAUCCACGCUUAAGAAACCAUUCACUAUGAUACAGUUGUAAGCUAUUUAUCCGUUAGAUCUGAGUUCCUGCCUGCACUACAUCAAGCAAUGACUCCAAUGGAAGGACUCCUGUACCAGUAGAGCUGGUGCUGCUCAUGCUCCCCCUUGUGUUCAUUCUGUGUAAUAUCAUAAGACAACAUGGUGCCACAGCAGAAGAUGGACCAGGUGCAGCUGAGACAGGCUUCUGGUCUGACUUAACCACCCACAGCACUGUGCUUAUGCCACAAACACAAACAUUAACAGUCUGGAGUAUGAAGCUUUUCUGAGCUACAAGACUCGGAUAUGACAGCAGUUCAGUCAACCAGGAAGCUGCAGUUUUUGAUGCACCUGAUCUGUCGUUUGAGUUGUUGCCAAACGGGAGCGCAGACUUCUUUAAAGGGUCAACGCUCACCUUUUUGAGAUGUGUCUAAAGCAUUUUACCUGACCCAAUUUUGUUUUCUCUAUGAAUAUGCACUGGUAAUAAAAGCACAUGGUUUACUGA